CGCUUCCUCCGCUCGCCCGCCGCGUAAGAUGGCCGCCGCGCGCGCGGUCCGUCCGUGAAGGGAGGCGAGGCGCCUCAGCGGAGGCAUGGAGCCGCCGCCGCCGCCCGCCGCCGCCGCCGGGCCCGAGCGCCUCUUCGACUCCCACCGGCUGCCGAGCGACGGCCCGCUCCCGCUGCUGCUGGCGUUGCUGCUGUACGCGCCGGUGGGGCUGUGCCUGCUGCUGGUGCGCCUCUUCGUGGGGCUGCACGUCUUCCUAGUCAGCUGCGCGCUCCCGGACGGCGCCCCGCGCAGGUUCCUGGUGCGCGCCAUGUGCUCGGUGCUGGGCCUCUUCGUGUGGCAGAGCCGCCCGCGCAGCCUCCGCGCCCGCGUCUUCGUGGCCAACCACGUCACGCCCUUCGACCACAACGUCCUCAGCCUGCUGGUCUCCUGCAGCGCGCCCGUGCUGAACGGCGCCGCCGGCUUCAUCUGCUGGUCCCGCGGGUUCCUGGAGGUCGCCGGCGCCGAGAGCCGCGCGGAGCUGCUGGAGUCGCUCAAGGGCUACUGCUCGCAGGGCAGUAACCCGCCGCUGCUGCUCUUCCCCGAAGAGGCCACUACCAACGGCCGGGUGGGGCUCCUGCGCUUCAGCUCCUGGCCCUUCUCUAUCGUGGACACGGUCCAGCCGUUGGCGCUGCAGGUCUGGAGGCCCUUUGUGGCGGUGGUGAGUGCUUCUCUCUGGAGGAUGCUUGGCUUUGCGCUGCCUCGCUCUUGCCUGUUUUUUGACAGAUGGCCUCCUUUUCCUUUUCCCUCAAAGAGCGUGGCUGGCGCUUCCUGGGUCACUGAGCUGCUCUGGACUUUUUUUGUUCCUGUCACUGUUUAUCAAGUAAGGUGGCUCCCAUCUGUGUGCAGGCAAGCCGAGGAGACCCGGGAAGAAUUUGCCCUGCGGGUCCAAGAGCUUCUAGCUUUGGAGCUGGGCGUGGCGUCUACGUGUCUCACAGCCGCUGACAAAGCAGAGCAUCUGAAGCGCCUCCGCCACAACCCUGCUGCUCCCCGUCCUCCCCCACCUGUAAGCCAGCCCUCUGGGGGCUGGCCUCCUGCCUCCCGCAGCGUGGCCUCCACAGAGGAUGUACACUUGAUAGGCCUGGCCCAGCGCGUCCGGGAAGUUCUGCCCCAUGUGCCCAUGGCAGCCAUCCGCAAGGACUUAGCUCAGACUAACUGCGUGGACACCACAAUUGCCAAUCUUCUGGAGGGGCGGGUUCCCUUCACACCCGAGGCAGAGACUGAAGGUUUUUUGGCUGCGGCUCCACCCUUCUAUGGCGCUCAGUAUCCUUCCACCUCCCAAAUGGCCCCGGCAUCGGGGAAAGUCUUCGCCAGGUCUGCGGAAGCGAGGCAGCUCUCUCUCCAGGAACGAAAGCAAGCGCUCCGGGACUAUGCCAGGAGGAGGUACACAGAGAAGUACGGAAUGACCCACGCCGAGGGGGGCUGCUGACCAGCGCGUGUCUUGUCUUGAACUUGUGGCUCAGUUGACAAUGGAUCUUUGUGGGGAUCGCUGCUGUCUUGGGUUGACCCUGGCGGCAGUGCUCGACAAGUAUUGGCAAACGUGCCAUCUGUGGGCUGUCUCUGCAGAUGAGGAGGCUGCAGCUCCAGCGAAGGGGAGGCUCCCAGCCUGCCUGCAUUUGCCAUUGCCACGCCUGGACCUAGCAUUGCCAGGCCUAAGACUGCACAGUUGGGGAGCGGGGGGGCUUUAAAUAACAAAAUAAAUGUGACUCUUAACGCUCGU